AUGGUGGUCUUCGCGGGCAAGGUCGGCGCGCCGUCGCUGCACAUCCGAUGCGGCAUCGACGAGCUCGCCGCGUCCUUCGUCGAGUCCGGCGCCGUCGGCUACGGCGGCCUCGAGGUCGACGACCUGGGGGGCAAGCUCGACGCCGCGGCCCUGCGCCGCGAGCCCGUGGCGCUCGCGCGGCGCUGCGAGGACCUGCUGGCGGAGCACGAGGAGCACGUCGCCGUGCUGUACAGCUACCGGUCCGUGAGCAAGGCCAUCCCCUACUACGCGGGCGAGGAGGAGGCGCGCGUGCGGGGCCUCAUCGUCGCGACGCUCGGCGACGCGCUCGCCCCGGUCCUCGACGCGAUGCGCUUCGCGGACCGCGCCGUCGAGUUCUGCGUCGAGGCCGCGGACCGCGCCCUCGACGGCGGCUGCGGCGCCCUGGACGUCGAGACCUUCGCGGCGGCCGCGGACGCCGUCUUCACGUUGGACCUCCUGAAAGACAUGAAGGCCUUCUUCCCCGCGACGCUGACCCAGGACAUCAAGCGGCUCCAGCAGGCCAUGCCCGACGGCUGGCCGGCGACGGGCGAGGCCAACGCGGGCCCGCUGAGCGCGUCGGACUUCGAGGAGCUGACGGAGGCCUUGGUCGUGCACCACGACGAGGACUCGACGAUCCGGUCCUACCAGGGCCGGCUUGCGCGGCGGCUGCGGGAGGACCUGGCCUUCGCCGCGCCCCGCGCCGACGCCCUGGUCGCCGCCGCGAUCGACGCGACGCUGGCGACGCUGCGGCGCGGCGGCGGCGCGCGCGCCGAGGGCGCCGCGGCGCUCUCGCGGCGGCUGCCGUUCCUCCUCUUCCUCCUCGACGGGCCCUGGGACGGCCGCGACGUCGACGCCUACGCCGACGCCCGCGUGGACCAGGCGGCGCUCCUCGCCGCGCUCCGGCGGCGGCCCGUCUGCCCUUUGGCGGGCGACAUGUCCGUCGCCGCGCACACCGUUCUGGGUCUCACCCCGAACUACGGCAAGCACAAGCAGCGCCUCGAUCUGCGCGACGAGGGCGUCUGCCGCAACGCCGCCCUCGAGCCGACGUGGCGCGCCGCGCGCGACGUCGUCGGCCUCGCCGUCGCGAACCUCCAAAGCGCCGGCGCGGACGACGACGACGGGCCGGAGGCGCCGCGCGCCGCGUUCGCCGCGGCCCGGGCCUGCCUCGAGCUCCUGCGCGACCUGCGCCGCGCCGUCGCCGACGAGUACUACUGGAAGCUCACGCACCCGUCCAUCUCCGGCCUCGAGGACGGGUCCGCGCACGACAAGCGGACGGUGCCCUUCGCGGCCGCGCUCCUCCACAACUACAGCGGCCGCGAGAAGUCGGUCCUCGUCGACGCCAUCUGCCUCGCCAAGUCGCUCGCCCAGACGCUCGCCGACGCGGCGCCCGGGCUCGCGACCAAGUGCGAGGCCCACGUGCGGAGCGUCUGCGGGCAUCUAGGAGCGGACGAGCUCUUCCCGGGGCGGCCGACGCGGACGAAGCUCCGGGGCUGGCGCGUGGCCAAGGCCGAGGAGCUCCUCGUCGCGAGCGACGAGGAGGAGGAGGAGGAGCCGACGAGCCCGGCGUCGAGCGCGAGCACGCGGAGCUUCUUCGCCCGGAGCACGCGGUGGACGUCGUCGCCGUCGGCCGCGCCGUCCGUCUUCUUCGGGGCCUCGAAGGCGCCGCCGCCCGCGGCGCCGGCGGCCGACGAGUACGACGAGGUCCACGAGGUCCUCGAGUGGGCCGGCGCCGUGCUCGCGCUCGCCAAGACCGCGCGUUCGAGCGCGGAUUUUGGGUUCCUGUGGUACCGGGAGCUCUACCUCGAGCUCUCGCAGCAGAUCCAGUUCCCCAUCGAGCUCUCCCUGCCCUGGAUCCUCGCGGAGCACGCGGCCAGGGGCGGGCCGGGCUCCGACGCCGUGCCGGCGGACCGGCUCCUCGCCGCGCUGCCCUACGCGUUGGACGUCUACGACGACGCGGCGGCGACCGCGCUCCGCGACCUCGGGAAGCGCCACCUCUACGGCGAGAUCGAGGCGGAGAUGAAUUUAGCGUUCGACCAGCUCGUCUUUCUCGUCGGCGACGCCUGCUACGCGCGGGUCAAGGACCGCGCGGCGCUCGCGCUGCUCGAUUCGGAGUACGCGCGCCGGCUCCCUCGAAAACGUCUCGCGGAGCUCGAGGCGGCGGCGAGGCCCUGCCAGCUGCUCGACGCGCGGAGGCAGCUGCGCUGCCUCGGCCGCUGCGUCGACGUCGCGCGCCUCGUCGCCGUCCGCGUCGACGACAAGUUGGCCGACGACGUCGAGUUCGCGAUCAAGACGCUGGAGCAGCUCGGGUGCUGCGCGGCGCCCGAGGCGUUGCGCGCGACGACGGUCCUCCACGCGGCGCGGCGCGCCUGGGGCGCGCCCCUCGACGCCUUCGACGAGGUGCUCGCGGCCGCCGACGGCCGGGCGCCGCGCGACGGCGGCGGCGGCGCCGCGCCGGGCGGCCGCGUCCUGGCGGCCCUGGCCCGGUCGCUCGCCGAAGACGUGUUCCCCAAGUGGUGCUACGCCCUCGCGACGGCGCGCUUCACGCGGGCGCCCCUGGAGACCGUCGACGACCGCGAGCGGGGCGCGCCGCGGCCCGCGCCCUCGAAGGCGACGCUCCGCUACGGCGCCGCGGCCCUGCUGGCGCCCGCCGCGCGCGACGCGGUCAACGACGCCUGGAAGCUCGAGCGCGCCUUCCUCGGGCGGGGCCACUGGGCCGCGGCGCGGCAGCUACUCGCGCCCGGCGGCGGCGGGCCGCUCGUCGCGCGGCUGCUCGUCGCCUACGGCGCGGCCGCGGCUGACGGCGCCCUCGACGCGCUGCUCGCGCUCCUCCACGACCGCGGAAACGACGCGACGCGGGCCGCCUUCCAGCGCUGCCGCGAGCUCGGCAACGCCGUCGCGUUCGCCCGCGACGCGGAAGCCGCGGGUCUGUUCGGCGCGGCGCGCGGCGGCGCGGUCCUCCCGGCGCUCCUCGACGCCGUGGCGGCGGCGGCCGAGGCCCGGCCGAAGCCGCCCCGCGCCGGCGGCGGCGCCUGGCCCUCCGCGAACGGCGAGCCCCUCGGCGCGCCGCACGACGGCGCCGCGCGCGGCGUCGCGGCCGCGCUCGCCGCGUUCGGCGCCGCGGGCACGCCCUGCGCGGCGGCCCGGGACCCGGACGACGAGACGCUCCUCGACGACGCCGCGAUCUACGGCGACGGCGUCUUCGUGGCCCUCGCGGCGCUCGCGCGGGCGCUCCGCGUCGACGGCGCGGUCACCGCCGUCGCCGCGCUCCCCGCGCGCGACCGGUCCGCGCCGCCGGCGGACCGCGACGCCGCCGCGGGGCGCCUCGCGAAGCUCGCCGCGGCCCUCGCGUGGCUGCCCGCGCGGUAG